AUGCGAAAAGAUUGGAUUCGUACUGAAGAAGAAAUCAAAUCAAGACAAUUAAUAAAAUUAGCAAAAGAACAAAAGAAAACAAAUAAUCUGCCAAAUGAUCAGCAAUCUCUUGUUACUCUUCCACUAAUUCUACGAAAGAAAAAACGUUUGAUGAUAAGAUCAACAAGCCAAGAACUUUUUGUUACUAAUCCAGUUCAUAAAAUCAGUUUUUUUGGUGUUAAUCAUAUUCUACAUGAUGAUAAUCGAACAUUAUUAAACAAUAUAAAUAAUGCUUAUCAAUUAGUAGUGGAUAAAAGUGAUUAUUCUUAUAUUAAUAAAUAUACAUCAUCAACAACUCUUUCGCAGUUUAUGAAAGACGAAAGUAUUAUGCACGAAUCAUUAAUAUAUUUUUUUAAAAGUAUACCUGAAUUUCAACAAUUAGAUGUACAUGAUCAAGUUGUCUUGAUCAAAUCUAAUUUUAUUAAUAUUAUACAUUUACAUCAUAUAAUAAUACGUAAUUUUCAAGAUCGUUCAGACAUUGGUAAUCCUAUGUCAAAAUGGGUAAAUCAAGAUUUUCAUUAUCAAAUGUCUCGAACGCAUCGAUAUUUUUAUCGUUUUAUGAAUUAUCCAUUGUUAUUAAAACUCACAUUAAUUGUUUUUAUCUUUAGUAUUAAUUUAUCUGCAUCAUGGGAUAUGGAUCAAUUUUCUGAAUAUAAAAAUAGGAGAAUAUUGUUUGAAUUUCAAAAUUUUUAUACGAAUAUUCUUUGGCGUUAUUUAAAUUAUUUAUUUGAUGAAAAAGAAGCAAUAAAAUCAAUGGAAAUAAUAGUUAUGCAAAUUUUACGUUAUCAAUUAUUAAUGGUAACAAUGAAGAAUUCUGUAGGACAAAGUCCAGAUCGCUUUCAAUUUCAUUCACUAAUGCAAUCUAUAUUUGGACUUGUCUAA